GUGUGUGCGGAGCGUUCAGGGGUCGGACUGGCUGCCGGGACCGAUCACCGGUCAGUAGGCGACUGGAGCGCUCAUCUCGCGGACUCACAGCUGCACCGGAGACCGAGACCAGAACCGGGACAAGUCAGAGGAGACUUUCCGCUCGGUGUCAGAGACAUGGAAUGCAUUGAAAGGACUCAGACACUGUGAAAGUUUGAAUUUCGGACAUGGAGACACAAACAAAAAGAGAAUUAAUCUCAGUGAAGUCCGGUGAGGUCUGAGGUGCAGCGGAGGAUGACACCUGCAGUCCGGCUGGCGAGGACCGACCCACACCUCCACAUCUUCAAACAAGUCAGAGCUUCUGCAGGAGCGACUUUCUGCCUCUGAUUCUGCACAAACAGCAGCAUCCAGCUCGCUGCCACCUCCAGCUGUCUGCUGCACAAACAUUUUUGUUUUUGCGCUCGUAUUUAUAUCUUUGCACCAACACGGACUGCGGAAAAAACAUCGCCGACACACAGCUCACAUGUCUGGACUCAUCUCUUCGUGCUGUUCGAGUUCACGUCUGCUGGAUAUAAAGAACUAAGAGAUCUUUGCUUCAGACGCGUCUCCUCUCCACACAGCAGCAGAGUAAUCUGCGGAGCACUGACUCACCAUGGGCACUGUACUAUCACUGUCUCCUGGCUCUCGCAAAUCAAACUACUACGACCACCGGCCGGGCUCCCUCAGCCACUACCCGAGCAUCAGCAGCCGCUCCCUCAACAGCCAGAAGGACCGCGGGCUGAAGAGGGGACAGUCCAUCUUCCUGCCUGCUCUAACGUGGAAGCGACUGGUGGCAUCGACGAAGAAGAAGGGAAACUCGAAGAAAGGCGGCCCGGUGGCCCUCGGGGACCCCCUCAACAACAACAACAGCAUCAACAUCUACCAGAACGACCCGGUGCUGCACCUCAACCGCGAGAACGUGAAGAAGUCGCUGUCAUGUGCCAACCUGUCCAGCUACGAGGGCCCAGCAGGACUGGGUCUGGGGCUGGGCUACGGCCUGGGGAUGGGGAUGGGCCAGGGGCACGGCUGCGGCUACAGCAAGUCCCAGCAGCUCUCGUCUGUGAAGAAAGUCCCCCAAGGGACGGUGACGUCGUCCCCGAAGCGCGUCAUCGUGCAGGCGUCCACCAGCGAGCUCCUGCGCUGCCUGGGGGAGUUCCUGUGCUGUCGCUGCUACCGCCUGAAGCACCUGUCUCCGGCUGAUCCAGUGCUGUGGCUGCGGGCCGUGGACCGCUCGCUGCUGCUGCAGGGCUGGCAGGACCAGGCCUUCGUCACGCCGGCCAACGUGGUCUUCGUCUACAUGCUGUGCCGAGACGUGGUGGACGGGGACCUGGUGGCGUCGGAGCACGAGCUGCAGGCCAUCCUGCUCACCUGCCUCUACCUGUCCUACUCCUACAUGGGCAACGAGAUCUCGUACCCGCUCAAGCCCUUCCUGGUGGAGGCGGGCAAGGAGGCCUUCUGGGACCGCUGCCUCGCCAUCAUCGACGCCACCAGCGCCAAGAUGCUGCGCAUCAACGCAGACCCACACUAUUUCACACAAGUCUUUGCUGAACUCAAGAGCGAGGGCGGCUGCGGCCCUCAGGACUACAGUCGGGUGCUGGAUCGGUGAGAGGACGUAUGAUGCCUUUUCGUACACUCAUGCACACAGACACACACAUUCGUCUCACACACAUUUGUCUCCCCGUUUUCUUCUUCUGCGGCCCUGCAGGAGCAACGAAGGCCUAUCAUGACAGAGUUAUGUAGACAUGUUGAACCACUCCAUCUGUGCUUGUUGCCAUUCGUCCCAUCGAGAGCCCGACCGAUAUAUGAGAUUUUUGAGCCCGAUUCUGAAACCAAGAAAAAUCACUGAUUAUCAAUAUGUCUGCCAAAAUUGUGAAUUUUUUGCACUGGAAAAUGAAAAUUUACCUUUUUAAUGUAAUUUUUGCACUGAUAUGACUAUGCAACAGCACUCAGAAAGCUGCUCUGUUAAACAAAUUACUUUAUUAAAAAAUAUUUAACAUUAUUAUUAUUACAUGUCAACCAACUCUAGAAAUGUAAAACAGAAAAUAAAGAAUUCAUUUAAUUGAUUUAAAUAGCCAAAUAAACAUCAGGAUUGUUUGUUCACCGUCCUGACAUUUAAACUGAGAAUAAAUAAAACUAAAAUAAAUAGCUAACACUAUUUCUGGAACAUCCAAAACACCAUUUUCUGGAUUACUUGUAUGUUCAUAUCAGACAAAAUAAACAGCUAUAUCGAUAAAUACCGAUAUAUCUGUAAUGUCUGCAAAGUCGGCCAAUUAAUUAAUCAGUCGGGCUCUUCUCUCGUCCAUCCACAGACAGAAAUGAGGAAUUAUUGGCUAAGAGAAGCUGACAGUUGUGUUGUUUUUUGGUCAUGGAAUAUCCACCUGAGUUUACUUGAAGUGAGGAACCAUUUGGUCCACCUGUCCACCCGUCUGACCCCCCUGUGUGUCCCAGUCGUCCCAGCUGCCCCUCUGGAUCUGCAUCUCUGAAUGUGAUCAAUCAGCAUCGCUCCAAAAACUACCAUCAAGGAUUUUCCCCCACUGGUUGUAUUCUAAGAGAGGCGAAUAAAAACAGACAAUAUGAUCCAGCGAGUUAUAUUCUCCGGGUCAAACACAAGCAGACAUGUUGCCGUCCGCUGCUGGCGACGCCUCGUGUGGCGGCGUUGAGAAGUGACUCAGACUGAUGGGAACAGCUGAGAGGUCCAUGUUAGGUCCUGCUGGUGCUGCUGUGUAAUCAGCAAAGCAAAACGAACAGGCAGCAGCGUUCUGUGGAGCCUUUUAAGGGUCGUCUGGCCUGAGGGGACAGUUGCUAUUUUUUUUAUCUUUAUACCCUCUCAAACCUGCCUCUGUCUCCACUUUAUCCUUUAUCUCCAGAGAGUUUCCUGGUGGAAGCAGAUUUGAAGAUGUGUGUCGUGUGAGUGCAUGUGUCAGUGGAGGCCGCCAGGGUCAUCAGCUGUUUACUCCAUCCUUUGUUCGCCGUGUCUUGUUGACAGGGCACCCGCAGGCCGUGGUAUUAAUGAGAUUAGCAGAUUACUGCAGCCCCUCCCCUUCUGCAACCUCUGCCCCCUUCUUGUCCACUCGGCAGCCCUGCAGAGCUUCAGUGGCUAAUCCAGGUCAGACUGGACCAUGCUGGGGACGUAAACACACACACACACACGUUUAAAUACCUAGUCGUGUGCUUUAUUCUCCUGAAUCAAAACGAUGUGUGACACACGUGUGCAGCUCAGGGCCCGGAGCUCUCUGCUGUUGCUGUUAAAAGGGUUUUGUUGUUGUCCCACUUUCUCAUCAGUCACCUGUGUAUCCUCUUGUGCCACCGAGAGGCUCUCCAAUCCCUCCUUUUGCUAAAUUAUUCCCUUGGAUGAACCAUUGGCAUUUGUGCUUCAAUGCCUUUAAUCUUUAUUCCCCAUGUGCUCUAAUGUGUGUCGUCUGAGGUGGUCACAGAUGAGCCCCAGGUUCGUCCUUAUUGUGACAAUUUUUUAAAGCAAAUCAGAUUAAAUAUAUUUCAGCCAUCCAAAAGUUGCCGAGAUAACUGCUGCGAGCAGGGCUGUAGUCAAGACCGAUUUGUCAAGUCCAAGUCAAGAGGCCAAGUUCAAGUCCAAAGGCAGUCGAGACCAAGUCGAGACACUGUCUUUCUAGUUCUGAAACAGUGACGAAAGAGUUGGGGUGGACAGAAAUAAACAAGUUUGAUUUAUCUUCUGACAUCAAACUAAUCUAAUGCAUCAUGUUGGGAGAAUCACCAGCCAAGAAACAACUUGACCAGUUUCUCAAAAGUAGAGCAUGAGAUCAAAACAAAUCCAACAAAGCACAAGACCAAGACAAGUGCAUGUCUUCAAAAUAAAGGUCUUAUGACACUAGAACAGCUCGAGGUCACCCAAGUUUACAGCUUGUGUUGUGAGGCUGAUUGCUCAGAAAAUUGAUAGAAAAAUGGGUCAAAGCACAAAUUAGUCUUCUAAUUGUGGACCAGAGUGGCUUAAAAUGAAAAUAAACUGCUAAACUACAAAGGGCAUGUGCUGCAAAUGGUGGAUUUAGAAAAUUGUGCCAGUUUUUUUGUGAUCAAAAAGGAUAAGUGUACUAAUUUGUACAGUGAUCCCUGGUUGUGUUAUAACAGCUUAGCCUGCGACCUCCUUAAAUUAAACCCUGUCCACCUGCAUAUGUUUACCAGAUGUUACUAGUUUAACCAAACAGUGGUUUCUUCCAAUGAAAUAGUACAAAUUAACCAGUAAUUUACAAGAAAAGAGUCUGAGAGUGCAAACCUUCGCCAAGGUGAAUGGUGCAUUCAUGUGCUCCGAUGUUGGUGUGUUCGUGAGCUUUAAGUUGUAAUGUGGAAACAACAUGAAUGCUACAAAAAGAUGUUUUAUUGCUCUUAACUUUGAUAGCUAUUUCCAGUUUUGCAUGACAACAAAGAGCAAAGGAAACAGAUCAGAUGAGCCAUGAAAUAUUUGCAGGCUUUCCGCAUUUACGUAAAUUUUCCCAGUCCAGAACUACUUUUUCCAAUUAUUCAGACACCACACUAAUACAUCAAAAUAGCCCUAUCCUGCAAUGUUAACAAAAGGGAAAAAUAAGUGCAUCUGACCCGUAAUUCGGAUCCACUCCAAAACAGAUUGUGUUCCUCUUCAGCCCAUGCUACAACCUUCCACCAAAUUUCGUAAAAAUCGGCCCAGCAGUUUUUCUGACUACCAGACAAACAAACCAGCACACUGAGCCAGAAACAAACCCUCCUUGGUGAAAGGUCAAAAGCAAAGAUUAGAGGAAGAAAUCAUCUUGAGACCCCUGAAAUGUAUCUGUGAUCCCCAACCCUCGUUUUGGGAGCCACUGAUUGAGAGUAGAAAGCUGCUUUAACCCUAAAAAAAACAUGGACGAUUGACUUCCAACAAUAUGUGCUGCUCACAAUAGCAUGUGGCAAAGCCUUAAUCUCAUUGUGUUCGGUCAUCUGGAGGUUUUCCGCUCCCCUCCUCCACGUGUCUGUGUCACUGCUGCACACUUUGCAGCACACUCCUCCACAAGGUCACAUCGUAAAUAAACAAGCAUCCUCCAUAAGACCCCGACCUUUACACACAAAACACAACACACACUCUGGUGCACAUCCCCUCCUUGGGUAAUCCAGUCCUAAUCCUCCCACCCAAUCAAAUAGAGAGAGGGACGGAAACAUGAGGAAAUAAAUUCAGAAUCCGAUGAGAUUUGGUGUCACACUUCCCCGUGCAGCCUUCAAAUCCUGCUCUAACUAACUGGGGGGCCCUUCAGAGACCCGGAGCUCAACCCUGCAGCUCUGCCGGGCUUAUUGGCCCGCCUCCUCUGCCCGCCUGAGGGAUCUGGCGUGAGCUCACACCCAAAGAGGAGUGACGGCGCUCAGAGACACCACUCUUUCUCUUUGACUGGCAGCCAUUUUGGGCUGGUUGUUGCGGUCAGCUCGCUCCCUCUCUCUCUCCGGCCUCGGCUCUGACAAGGACACUUGUGUCUUGACUCCCUCCCCUCCCCUCCCUCCGUCCUCUUUCCACCCCUCCAACCCCGCUUCCACACACUCAGCUGUUGUUCCCUGACUGUUUCAUUAGAUUUGACACCCAGCACCCGCCAGCCAUUGUCAGGACGAGGAAGGGCAGAAUGAGACUGUUUGUUGGCAUCGUGUUGUGUGUGAAUGUGGGUCAAAGUUAAGGGCAACAUCUGCUUCCACUAUCCGCCUCCUAUAGACGUUAAUUAAAUCAGAAGGUACAGUACAGCGUGUUCAAGCGCUGCUGACAUUAACUUUUGCCCCUGACAUCAAUAAGGAAUAAUCUGCUGCAGGUUUUCCUCUGGCAGCAAAAACAACUCGUUCUUCACGCUCAUUAUUGGCACAGACGCAGAGGAACCACGUUCAUCUAAUUGAGCUUUAACGUAAUUUUUCAAUAAUUCCUGUCAGCGACUAUCCCCUCGUUCAGCACCUCUGUCCAAUCACCAAGCUGCUCCUCCAAUCGUUUCACACAGCGGAGCGGCUUCCAAGCCAAUUAACUCGCAGCUUGACUGGAGCUCUAAUUCUGUUCAUCCAAUCAAACCCCUCGGCUUGAUUCCCCGAGCUCGGCGCACCUGACGGACACAUGAUGCCUGUGACAUCUCUGUGGAUAAUAUGUGACUCUUGAUACUUAAACAAGAUUAAACAGGAAUUUUCUCUGUGGAUGGGACCUUCAUCUGGGACUUUGCAGAACUUUUCAGAUGGGCCUUAGACCGCUCGUUUUGUGUGAACAAUGUGAUAAAAGAUUUAGUGGACAAGUCUGCUGGUAUUCUACAGUUUUCUUAUUGUCAACUAGCGCUGCCUUCUUUCAGAGCGAUUAGUCAACUAAUUGGUUUUGGUGGCUCUGGUUUCUAAACUCAAUUAGUCACUUUUUAUGAUUUUUUCAAGCUGAAUGACUCAUUCUAAAAAACUUCUGAGCACAUCUCUGGUAAACACAAGAUUUAAAGUGCUUCUGCAUGAUUCUUUCUGCAGAUCUGUUCAUUAAAUUAACUCAUUUGUUAGUCGACUAAGAAUUUCUUUUGUCGAGGACAUCCAAAUCGUCAACAUGCAUCGUGGCAUUUCUUUUAAUGCUUUUGGAUUUCUCCACCCUGUCUGGCUACAAUCCCAUUUGUUGCUAUAUACGACAUAAAUCUUUACAAAACAUAUUAUGAAUGAAUACUUUUAUCUAGAAAAAGUUUAGUCAAUUUAUUGUCAACUUUUAAAUCAAUAUGUAGCUAUUUAGAUCAUUUAUUCAUUGAUUUGGGUCAUUUUUUGAAGAAAAAAUCUCCAGUUCCAGCUAAAUGUGAAUGUUUUCUGGUUUCUUUACUCUUCUACAACAUAAAACUAGAUAUCUUUGAGUUGUUGACAACAUUUUCUGGCAUUUUAUAGACCAAACAACUAAUCGAUUAAUUGAGCAAACAACUGACUUAUUAUUUAAUUGAUUAACUGACAAUGAAAAUAUUCAUUAGUUGCAGCUCUUGUAGCUUCAUAUCAAGCAAGUGACAUCAAUCGCCACACUUAGUGCCAAACUAUUCAUACAAAGGUCUAAAGUUUAAAAGUUUAAGUUAAAUUAUGAUUCUUCCAUGGCAUAAAUUUAUACUUUUAUUUAUUAAAAAAAAGGCUUAAUAAUUUCCUUAAUAACCGUGGCACUGUAGCUUUUAGCAAACAUCACUCAAACAGGAGUAAAAAGUGCGUUUGUUUAGGACUAUUUUCACACAUUUGGUAUUUACAGCAGGAAAACUGUGAAUUUUGGAGAAAAAAACUACAAUGGCCAUGUUCCUCGUUGAGAAGAAAUAUGUCACCCAGUGUAACAGUGUGGCUCUCUGCUGUGUUUUAAACAAUUUAUGAACAAAAAUGUAGCUUUAUGUCACGGAGAAACAAGACAUAUCAGGCUUUGAGAGUUGUGUUCUUUCACUGGAUUAGUUUACAAUAAGAAAAAUGAAUCAUAUCACCAGACUUGUCCUUUGAGUCCCCACAGCUCUGUGAGUUGUGUUAAGUUAUUUCAGUAUGCUGCUGCUGCUGCUGGAGGUUGGUGUGAGAUUUAUUUCAAUGGCACACCGUCGACUGAUGAUGUAAAUAUGUGGGUGUGUAACAAAAAAGAGCUGUCCAGACUGAAAAAAAACGAACAAAAAGAAAUAGUCUUUCUGUGUAGUAGCAUGCAUGCCAGCCAGGUAGUUUAGAAAUGUUUCUUUUCUUUGUUUUUUACCUCUGCUUUUGUUUUGAUUUUUAUAAUGUUGAUGUUUUGAAUGAAAACAUUAUUUCUUUGGUAACUUAAAACUGGAUUUAAUUGAAGUGUUCCUUUGUAGGAAACAGUAUUAAAGUCUCUCAUGACUGCAGGUAUCAUCAUUACGGUCUGCUCGCAUUUAAAAAACAAUAGAGACAUAAAUAGAUAUAUAAAUAAAUCUUUUUCUCUAAGCUCGGUCCUGAAAUAUCAAAGCAUGUGAAUUCAUAAGAUAACUUAUUUUAAACUCAGACGUCUCGCACCAGACUUCAUUCGUUAAUUUGCUAAGUUAGAUGUGGUCGUGAUGUGUCAUCUACCACAACAGAAAAUAUCACAGAAGUGCAGCGUGCACGCAGAGGUGAUCGAGUUAGCGGCUAUCAAUAGCUUUCCUCAUCAAUGCACCAGCUGGUGACACAAAGGCGGCCAUUGUUUAUGUAGCGUUUGUCGCAGGCGGCUCCAGCUCGGCCUGCUGAUUGUAGCUUCGCCUCUGAUGCAAAAAGCUUUUCAAA